AUGGCAUCCAGGAGAGGCGGUAAUGUGACAGCGACGACGAAGACGAUAUAUUACCAUAGCGCAAUUGGUACACACCGUCUUCAUCCGCGUCCGCUCAAAAACAUCCUCUAUCCCUACUAUUGGCAGUACAAACCUGUAUACCGUGCCCGUAAUCCACGUACUCCUCAGUACUACUGGCCAAGCAUAGACAAGUACCCAUGGCAUUCACAUCAGAAACGCUUUCCCAAGCCGGAGGACAUAACUAUAAGCAUAUUUUCCGAUUUUGCGCGGCGUGAGCCCCAAAUUCGCACGUUAUUCGAAACGCUGCAUCCGCUGCCUCUCCACGGAGUCAACUGCCUACUGUGGAAAACCGAUCGCCGCAGCGCCAACGAGAACUAUCGCAAUGUACAUAACGACGGUCAUUCGGAUAGUUCGUGCUCAAGCACCGAUACAGGCCGGGUCGUGAGCGUGAAUGGGAAGUUUUACGUCACCGACAUGGUCACCAGGAACAACCUGUGCUACAUGGUAAAACACGUACAAUUCAAGCUGCGACCCUUCAAGGCCAGGGUAUUAGCGGACCUAUAUGCAGUCGGAGAGGCGAACGGAGGCAGAUGCGAUGUAGCGACGGCAACACUGCUACGACAAAAUGUGAGCCCAGUCGGAUCCGUCAGAGGCGAAUGGCGAUGGUCGCCUCCGUACAAGACCGGUAAAGGCGCGGAUGGAGAUGCGGCCGAUGUGGAAAGGCUGAGUGUAGAAAAUCCGUAUCUCUACAUUUACGGACUCAAGGAAUACGCCGCCACUACAACAUGA